UAUUUCCUGUGUCUAUUUCGUUCACUAGCAAGUGCUCGCGUGUGUGUCUGCGGCGGCAAAAGCAAAGCCCAGAGUAAUAUAUCCAAUCAAAAUUCGCUCGAACGCGACAACCAAAACAGCCAAACAAAGCAACAAAUGUGGCGACAAUGCCAACCAGCGGGCACGGGCAUCAUUUAGAAAACAUUGUAAAAAUGUGCAAUUUCCAAAAACAAAUAAUAUUACUACAAUAAAAAGUAGGAAAAAAAAGGUGCAAAAACGACGAAUGUGAUUUUGGCAAUAUAAUUAAUGGCAUUUGGUUUAGACGUGUUCUACAAAAUUAAUACGAGCACUGACUUAAUAACAUUGAUCACACAAAGUGCGUGCGAAAACAAAAUAAUCGAGGAGAACAAACACACAAUAACAAAAGCGGGAGGGGGAGCGGUAGCGCGCAUUAUUGCUUAUAGCAGUGCACGGCACAGACUGCAAAGUGGCGGCGCUACUCGGGAUUAGUGCUGGUGCAGCGGCAGCGGCGUCCAUGUUACACGGGCGGCAGCAGCAGCAGCACAACCACAACAACAACAACCCCAACAACAACAACAACAACAAUAAUAAUAAAUACACAAAUAUUUAUAACAUUAAUAUAAACAACAACAACAACAAGACACGAAGAGUGCAACAGCAACAACAACCGGCAGUUUGGUUGUGGUGUCGUCAAUUGUGGCCUUAAGCAUGUAGUCGCACUUGGCAGACAUUAGAAGCAAACGCGGGAGGUCUAAGUAGCACAAGAGCGAACCGAAGCAGGUUCCACGAAGAAAACCAAUCAAAACACAAAGAAAACAAAACACACAAAACACAACACCAAUGAAAAAUGUCACAAAGAGGUAAACGCGGUAAUCAGCAGCAGCUGCAACCGCCGCAGCAGCAGCAGCGACAGGAUGUUGAACCGCAACCGCCGCCCACAAAGCGACGUAAAGGUCGACCGCCCAAUGGUGCACCUGCAACUUCAACAGCAACGGCAACAAUUGCAGCGCCAACAACUGCAACUGCAACAACAUCAGCAGCAGCGGCAGCAGCAGCAGCAGCAACAGGGCCAGCGUUGGAGCAACAUGAGCACAGCCCGGCCAAGUCAACAACCACAACAACAACAACAACGAAGCUGCCAGGCAAGGCCAAAUCGGCCAGCAAGUGUAAAGCGCAAGGCAACAACAGCAAUAGCAAUAACAACAACAACAGCAGCAACAACAAUAGCAACAGCGGCGGCAGCAAUAGCACGUGGCAAGCCCGCUCCGUGGCCGAUAUUAAAAUGUCGAGCAUCUACAAUCGCAGCUCAACAGAGGCGCCAGCUGAACUGUAUCGCAAGGAUCUCAUUAGCGCAAUGAAAUUGCCAGACUCAGAGCCAUUGGCCAACUACGAGUAUCUGAUUGUAACCGAUCAAUGGAAGCAGGAAUGGGAAAAAGGCGUACAAGUUCCCGUCAAUCCCGAUUCGCUGCCCGAGCCGUGUGUUUAUGUGCUGUCGGAGCCAAUUGUGUCGCCAGCUCAUGACUUUAAACUUCCAAAAAAUCGUUUCCUGCGCAUCACCAAAGAUGAACAUUACUCGCCGGAUCUGCAUUGCCUGACGAAUGUUGUUGCCCUGGCGGAGAACACAUGUGCCUAUGACAUAGAUCCAAUCGAUGAGGCCUGGCUGCGUCUCUAUAAUGGCGAUCGGGCCCAAUGCGGUGCAUUUCCCAUUAAUGAAACGCAGUUUGAGCGUGUCAUCGAGGAGCUAGAGGUGCGUUGCUGGGAACAAAUUCAGGUCAUACUUAAGCAGGAGGAGGGAUUGGGCAUUGAGUUUGAUGAGAAUGUUAUAUGUGAUGUUUGUCGAUCGCCCGACUCUGAGGAGGCCAACGAAAUGGUAUUCUGUGAUAAUUGCAACAUCUGCGUGCAUCAGGCUUGUUACGGCAUUACAGCGAUUCCAUCAGGUCAAUGGCUUUGUCGAACCUGUUCCAUGGGUAUUAAGCCAGAUUGUGUGCUAUGUCCGAACAAGGGCGGCGCCAUGAAGUCCAACAAAUCGGGCAAACAUUGGGCGCAUGUCUCGUGCGCACUCUGGAUACCGGAAGUGAGCAUUGGCUGUGUUGAUCGCAUGGAGCCGAUAACAAAAAUCUCAAGCAUUCCGCAAAGUCGCUGGUCAUUGAUUUGUGUGCUCUGUCGGGAGCGUGUGGGCAGCUGCAUCCAGUGUUCGGUGAAGACGUGCAAGACGGCAUACCAUGUAACCUGUGCCUUCCAGCACGGUCUCGAGAUGCGUGCCAUCAUCGAGGAGGGCAAUGCCGAGGAUGGUGUCAAAUUGCGCUCCUAUUGCCAAAAGCAUAGCAUGAGCAAGGGCAAGAAGGAGGGAGCAAGUGCCAGCAGUCAUCACACAUCCGCCUCCAGUUGCAUGCAAAAGAAUAAUAAAUUCUCAAGCAGUGGCGCCGCUGGCGAUGGCAGCAACACACCCGGUGGCAAGGGUGAAGAUCACCGAAGACGCAAGAAUCAUCAUCGCAAAAACGACAUGACCUCCGAGGAGCGCAAUCAAGCGCGAGCUCAGCGAUUACAGGAGGUGGAGGCGGAGUUUGAUAAGCAUGUAAAUAUCAAUGACGUUAGCUGCCAUUUGUUUGAUGUGGAUGAGGAUGCGAUUAUUGCCAUUUAUAACUAUUGGAAGCUAAAGCGAAAGUCUCGUCACAAUCGCGAGUUAAUACCGCCCAAAUCCGAGGAUGUCGAAAUGCUGGCACGCAAACAGGAACAACAGGAUCUCGAGAAUCAUAAGCUGGUCGUACAUUUGCGUCAGGAUCUGGAGCGUGUGCGCAAUCUCUGCUACAUGGUCAGUCGGCGUGAAAAGCUUUCCCGUUCGCUGUUCAAGCUGCGCGAACAAGUCUUCUACAAGCAGCUGGGUGUGCUCGAUGAGGCAGUGCAGCAUUCCGCGGACAGCAGCAGCAGUAAUAAGCAGCUGCAACAACAACAACGUCCCGCUUUGGAUACGGAUGCCAUCAUCUAUGCGAAUGAUGGGCCAACGCUAUAUGAUCGCUUCUAUAGCUCGACGGAUCAGCAAACUGUGCCGGCGCAGUAUCAGAGCUUAGACUAUAUACUGGAGCAGCUGAUGGGCAAGAUACAGGCACGUGGACGCGCCUCCCAGUCGCCCACGAAGCGCAAACAGGCGGCGGUCAAGGGUUCGCCUAAAAAGAAACUCAACAAUGGUGCAAUAACAACAACAACAACACAGUCUACAACAACACAACCUACGACUACAACAAAUACAAUGGCCAAUACAAAGGCCGCCAAGCCACGUGGCUCGCCAAGGACGCCAACAACGGCGUCUACGGCGAUGCCGUGUGCGGGGAGGCGUGCCUCAAAGAGCGGCACGGCAACGACGGCGACGUCGAGUCCCAAUAAAUCACAUAAAUCCCAUGCCGGCACGUCCGCCGUUACGUCUAGCGGCAGCUCAUCAUCGGGUGAUUCCAGCUCGGCGCGAGGCAGCAGCAGCGGUAGUAGCGCCAGCAGCAGCUCCUCCUCGGAUACAGCAAGUGCCAGUGGAUCAGCAAGUGAUUCCGGCAGCGAAAGCAAUAGCUAUAACAAUAAACACGGCCACGCCAGCAAUACUACAACAACAACAGCAACAGCAGCCAAAUCCCGCAAGCAAUCCUAUGCCAGAAGUAUCGAUCAACGGCAGAAGCAACGACAACAACGGCGUCAAAGUGAAGCAGCUGCGAGUGCGUCUGCGGCGUCUGGCGAUGCACGCACCAGUUGCAGUUCCUCCAGCGACGAUGACGAUGAACGGGGUCGGGAGCGGGAACGAGAACGGGAUAGGGACCGGGAACGGGAGCGUGGCAAGCAGCGCGUUAACAAGUCAGCAGUACCUGCGAAAUCCCAAGCAUCUAAGUCAAAGCAAAGCACAACAACAACAGCAGCAGCAACAACUACAACAAGUGGAACGGCGGCACGUCGAAAGCUUUCCAGCAAUGGAGCAACAGCAAGCACAACAACAACAACGACCACGACGACACGAGGCCUUGCUCAAAUGGACAAGGAAAUGCAACAACAAGAUGCCGGCAGUUUAUCCAGCGAUGAAAGUGAGGAACUGCUGCCACUUAAGCCUACCGAGCGUCAUUCCCGCAGUCAUCUCUCCAGCGGCCACACAAUCUCUGGCAACACAACAACCUCCGCAACGACAACAACAAAUGCAACGGGAGCAAGUCGCAAGUUGGGUCAUCACAUCUACUCCGACUCGGAUAGCUCGACCAGCACAGCGCAAGAGGAUGGACAAGAAGAAGAGCCAGAGGAGGAGCAUGCGGCAGCUGAGAGUAAUGUAAGCGAUUCACAGAAUCAGCAAACGAUACGCACCAAGGCGGCCAUGAAGGAGUUUGUGCCGGGAACAACAGCUGCCACAUUACCAACGACAGCAACAACACUUGCAACUGCAGCAGCAGCAACAACAACAACAACAACUAAAGCCAAAGGCAGCAACAAAUCAAACAACACAAAGAGCAAUGCAACCACAUCGUUUACAGCGGUGGAUCUGCUGGUGGUGCCACAGCGACAGGCAGCCAAAAAGGCAUCCGAAAAUAUGCGCAUAUCGACAAAUCUCGCGACAUCUUUGCUGCCCGAUGCCUCCGAGCGAUUACGCGAUCCGGAGCAAAGCGGCAGCACAAGCGCCAGUGCCGGCAACAGCAGCAGCGCCAAAAACAAGACGAAAGAUGCCAGCUAUCGUGGAACAGAAGUGGAGAAGACGCGACCCAAGGAACUGCAGAAAUCAGCGGGCAAAACGACGGGAGAAACGACGGCGGAACGUGGCAAGCGAGGAAGACCACCCAAGUUGCAAAAGGAGAGGGAGAAGGAGAAGGAAAGGGAGAAGGAGAGGGAGAAGGAGCGGGAGAAGGAAAGGGAGAAGGAGCGAGAGAAGGAGAAGGAGCGUGAAAAGGAGAAACUGAACACCUCCACUUCCAGCUUCACUGCCACGCCCACUCCCACACCCACGCCCAAGAACAAUGAAGUAUCCAAGUUGCAGAAUUUUGCCGUUUCCUAUGUGCCACAAAGGCAGGCAGCCAAAAAGGCAGCCGAGCAGUUGAAGAACAGCGGAGCAGCCUUAACCAAGGCGACCCAAGAGUCGAGUUCGGUGAACGAGCUAAGCGACAAGGAUGCAGCAACAGCAACAACAACUGGCGCAGCAACUGUAACCACUCCUACCAGCAAAACAACAACAAGCAAACAACAAACGACGCCUGUCAGACGUGCCUCACACCUCAAGGAUCAGGGAGUAAGCGGCUUGUCGCGCAGACGUUCCAAGGAGGAGACACAAACGCCCGUCAAGCGACGCAUUGCAGCGCCCAAUUUGUCCAGCUCGAGUUCCGGGGACAGCGACAGCAGCAGCAACUCCUCCAGCAGCAACAGCGAUAGCUCCAGCAGCGGCAGUGCCACAGACUCCGAUAGCGAUAGCGAUGCCAUGGAGAAGCGUAAGGAAGCAACAGCAAUAGCAACACCAGCGCAAGUAUCAGCUGCAGCACCUGCUCCGGCCCCAACACCAACUCCAAUCUCAAUAUCCAACUCAACCUCAACUGUGCCAAAGCGUUCACCGCGCAAAUCGCUAGACAAAGCGCCGCCGGCGCCAGUGACACCUCUAGCAGGAAGAACGCGACAGAAUUCGACAAAUAAAUCGCCAAAGAGAACACCGCAAAAGAAUGCAGCGAUGGAAGUGUCGCCACAAGUGCCUGCCACACCAAAGUCAACGUCCCAGCGACGCAAAUCCUCCCUAGAUGAUCUGGCCAAGCCAACGGCUCCGGAGAUAUCGAAGCGUGCGACACGCAACUCCAAGUCUCGACCGCCUUCACCAACGCCCGCCGUUGUGGUCAAUGCCAAGUGCAGUCCAGAGAAGCCAUCGCCAACGCUGUCGACGUCCAGGCGGAAAUCUCGUGCUGAGUCACCCAAAAAGACGCCACCGAAUCUGGAGCAUGAGAUAGCGCAGCGUAAGGCGGCGACAGGACGAACGACGAGUGCAUUGGACAAGUUGCUGGACAAGAAGCAGCAGCAGCUCAACAAUGCCACGCCCACACCGCCACCUAAACUGCGAGCGCCCACACCCAUUUCCGAGCAAGCAACAGCCGUGGCAGCGGAAGAGGAGAAGGAAAGAGAGCGAGAGCGGGAAAGGGAGAAAGAAAGAGAGCGGGAGCGGGAACGAGAGCGGGAACGGGAGCAGGAGCAACAACAACUGCUGCAGACGGAUGCGGAGGCUGGUGAGCAGCCCAUGGAUAUCGAUGAGGAGCUGACAACGGCGCCAACGCACACUCAAUUGCCAGCGAGUUCCGGCAAAUUGGACGAGCUAUCGGCGGACAUUGACGAGCGACCGCCGGCGGCGCCAUUGCCUGCCUCGCCCACACCCACGCCAUCCAACGACGAGUUGUCCGAUGAGGCGGGCAGCGAUCGGAGCGAACGAAGACGCAGCAGUCGCUGGAGUCGGUCGCGUAGAAGAAGAAGACGCACGCGGGACGAGGAUGAGGAGGAGCAGCAGCACACGCAUCAUACACAGCAUCUGCUCAACGAAAUGGAACUGGUGCGUGAGCUGGAAGAGGAGCGCCAGAAUGAGUUGCUAGCGAAUGCCAGCAAAUACUCGGCAUCCACAUCCUCGCCAGCGGUGACCGUGAUACCUCCAGAGCCGCCAGAGAUAAUAGAGCUGGACUCGAACUCCAAUUCCGGCGAGCAGCAGCAACAACAUUCGGAGCAACAGCAACAGUUGCAGCAACAACAGCAGCAGCAACAACAGUUGCCAGUUGCUGCAGUGGCAACUCCUGUGCCAUGUACCGCCUUGGAGCUGGAUGCAGCGCAUCAACCCAUUGUAGACACCAUACUGGAGAUGGAGGACAGCAAGUAUGGCAAUAAUUUUGCAUCCAACAUGGCCAGUGUGGCAAGUGUGCUCAAUCCGCCCAAUUCAGGACCACUGACAACGUUGCUCGGUGGCAACAACAACAGCAAACAAAUCUCUGAGGAGGAUAGCGCACAGGCAACACGUAAUCUUCUCGAGAAACUGCGUAAAACGAAGCGCAAGGCAGUGUUGGAUGAGUGCAAGGACUCAAUUGAUUUGUUGCCACCAACACCUGCAAUUCCCUCCGUAUUUCCAUUCCACAAUGCAGCUGAUCCCGAAGACUUGAUACAUGCACAAAAGGAACUGCAACAACAGCAGCAGCAGCAACAACAACAGAGUUGUCUCUUUAGUAGUUCGGCGCCCAAUUCGGUGGCCAGUCAAAUGACCAUCAAGGAUUCUCCGAUGACAGCCAAUAGUGGUGGCAGCUAUGCCAACAGCCUGACCAAUACGCCCAAUGCCACGCCCACCACAAAUGCGAGCAACAACAAUCUGGGCUACAGCAAUGUCAACUAUCCUGGUUGUUAUCUGGACAAGGCAUCGCCUCAUCAGCAACAGUUGCAACAACAACAACAGCAGCAGCAGCAACAACAUCACAAGACCAACAGCAAUGGCAACAAUCAAAGUGUUGCUGCAACUGCCACAACAACAGCAACAACAACACCUGACUUUGUUGACUUGGCUGCAGCAGCUGUGAAGAAUAGUUUGAGCAGCUUUGGAGCAGGAGCAGCGUCAUCAAUACCCUCCCAAGCCUCCUCCACGGUCAAUCAACUCACAGGCAGCAGCAACAACAACAAGCUGAGUGAUUACGAUGAGAACACACGGAUGCAGUCGCCAUUUGGACGCAUGCAGCGUUGGAAUGAGAAUGAUUUGAUUGCAGCAAGACGCAGUUCAUCGCCCAGUUCUGUCUCGGAAUCCAAUGAUCAGCCGCCAAGUCAGUUGGCCCAGCAGUUGGACAAGGGUUACUUUAAUAGCUAUGCGGCAGGUGCAGCAGCAGCAGCAGCAACAACAACAGCUGCAACAGCAGCGACAACAACUGUUGCUGCCAACAACAACAACAGCAGCAAUAGCAACAAUAACAACAACAGUUGCAACAGCGGCAGCAACAGCGCUUAUGGCAAUCACACGCCCUUGGUCAAUGGCAUUGAUGCCAUGUCCAUGUACAACAACACGCCACAACAACAACAACAGCAACAACAUCAACAGACGACACCAACACAUGCGCAACAACGCACACCAAAUAGUCAAUACAACGGCAGCAUUUAUCCACAGCUGGCAGCAAUGAUGCAGCAACAGCAACAACAACAACAGCAACAACCACACACAACGCCAACGGAUUAUGGCAACAGCGGUGUUGUGGUUGCCACCACACCACAACAACCAGGCACGCCUUAUGUGGGCACGCCCUACACCACGCCCAACAUGACGCUGACGACAACACCAAAUCAUUCGUAUCAGCUGCAAUCGCCUGUGGAUGGCAAUAUGCCAAGUUAUCCGAGCAACUUGCUCAGCAGCUGUGCGGAACAGCAGCAGAUGACGCCCAUGAUGCCACCAACGCCGCCAGUGCAACAGGCUGUGCCGCUAGAGACGGUGCCUGUGAGUGUGCCACUUGCUGUGCCUGUGCCACAUGCCGUGCCACUUGCUGUGCCGCUGCCUGUGACUGUGCCGCUGCCUGUGCCUUUGCCUGUUGUGUCCAACAAGGAGAGCAUCUCGCCCAGCAAACGCAGCAGCGCCAAGCAGCUGAAACAACAACAGCAACAACAACUGCAGCAGCAACAACAACAACACCAACUACACAAAUCACCACAACUGCCGCAGGGCAAAUCACCAGGCAAAUCACCGCGACAACCAACCGUGUUGCAUCCACCGCCGACGCCAACACCGCCCAUGGCCACGCCUCUGCCUGCAGCCGCUGCGCCCGCCAAAUACGAUCCCUUGACGCACACGUUGGCGGGGAAACUGCGUCAGCGUGCACCGCGUGGCAGUGGUGCCGCUGCCGGCACACGUGGACGCGGCCGUGGACGAGGGCGUGGCAGGGGCGGCAGUGCGGCGAACGUUAUGCUGCCGUUGCCACCGCAAAUUGCGGAUUAUGGCAACAAUAGUCUGGCGGGCACGCCCUUCGACUUCAACAACUACGAGGAUGAGCUGGCCGGACCAGGUGUGGAGAAUUUGCAAUCGUUGCGUGAUCGUCGUCGCAGCUUCGAGUUGCGUGGCACGCCCAACUCAGCGGGAGCUGGAGCAGCGCCCACUACAAGCUAUGCCAGCUGCAAGCUGCGUGGCCAGAACAAGACUCAAACGCAACCGCCAAGUGGAGCAGCGGCUUCCAAUCCGCUGCUGCAUGCGAUUGUGCAGCCAGUGUUGCCUGGUCCCGUCGAUAUGCGCACCUACAACUUGGGAUUCGAGGCGCCACACAGCACUGCCUCCCAGGAGGCGUAUCAGAACAAUCUGCUGGGUGCCUUCGAUUCUGGGACGGCGGAUCAGACGCUCAGCGAGUUCGAUGAGGAGGAUGAGCGACAGUUUCAGUCGGCGCUGCGUGCCACGGGCACCACCAACAACAACAGCAGCAGCAGCAACAACAACAGCAACAAUACCUCACCAAAUAAACAGACGACAGCAACAGCAACAACACCUGCGACAACAGCUGCGAUUGCAACGGCCGCAGCAGGAGUUGCUGCCACAAGUGUCAUGCAACCUGUGCCGAGCAGUUUCGCGUUGCAUUCAACGGAGGCAAAUCAAUCGGCGCCUAGCGUAGCUGCCACACUUGUCUCCGAGCUUGUGCCCGCCAUGGAAGCCUCAAUGGAGGCCACCUCCGAAGAGGUAUCCAUUGAUUCGGACACAACGACGCUGACCACCAAAGCAUCGCUGUCGGAUGCGCGAAAUCAACUCAAGCUGAAGAUCAAGGGACCACUUGGCUAUCCGGAUCUUCAUUACAGCACCGUGGCGAAUAGCAGUUGCAUGUCCAGCAGUUCCCUGGUGCAGUCGAAUGCGGUGCAGACGACGGUGGCGGCACAGUUGACCUCGACGGUGGCCAGCACAUCCGCAGCCUGCUCCAUGACCGUGAGCGGCAAUUCGCGGAGGAUGCGCAAGAAGGAGCUGCUCAGUCUGUACGUAGUGCAGAAGGAUAACCUCAACGACGACAGCUCCUGCGGUCUGCCAGCUGCUUUGGACAGUUUGCCGCUGGAGAACCUGCGCAAGUCGGAUGCCAGCGAGCUGGAUGACGAGCAGUUGACCUCCAAGCGCUUCAAGAAGAACUCCAGCAGCAGGGAACUGCGUGCCUUGGAUGCGAAUGCGGGCUUGGAGGAGCAACUGUUGCCAACCGGCGUCGCUGGCGCUGGCAACGAUGGACGCCGCCGCAGUGCCUGCAGCUCGGGCAGCACGGAUAAUGGCAAGACGGGAGCGGCGAGUAGUGCGGGCAAGCGACGUGGACGCAGCAAAACGCUGGAGAGCAGCGAGGAUGAUCACCAGGCGCCGACGAAGCUGAAGAUCAAGAUACGUGGACUGCCAGCGGCGAGUGAAACGAAUCCCGGCAAUGCUGGCAACUUGGGUCUCAAUCUGGGAUCGGAGAGCAGCAGCUACAGCUACGAGAUGACGCGACGAGCGUGUCCGCCCAAGAAAAGGCUGACCAGCAACUAUAGUACGCCCACGCUGGAGGAGAUCAAGCGGGAUUCGAUGAACUACCGCAAGAAGGUCAUGCAGGAUUUCGACAAGGGUGAGGAUAACAACAAGCGUGAGCUGGCGGGCGAUAAUGAGACGCUGCUGGUGAAGCCCAAGAAGGAGAAGAAGGACAAGCCGAAGAAGGACAAGAAGGAGAAGAAGCGUCACAAGCAACAGCAGCUAAUCCUCAACAGCAACAGCAGCAGUGUCAGCACAAAAACAACCAUGACCACAACGCUGAUUGAAAACACGAUGGGUGAUUCACCCGGAGAGAAGCCUAAGUUGAUACUGCGGAUUGGUAAGCGCAAGACGGAGACGACAACAACGACAACCACGAUGACCAUCAGCACGCAGGAUCAGCCGCAGAUGGAGGCGCCACUGCGCUUGAAGAUUGCUCGAGUGUCCGCUGGAGGCGCCUAUAUGAUUGGCGCCAAAUCGGAGGCCAGAGAGCCAAUGCCAACUGUGGUGGCCACCUGCUCACCAGGAGGAGCUGCUGUGGCGCCUGAACUGCCACUGCUGCCAAUUGGGGAUGCCUCGCCGUCGGGACUGAUGCCCAACAGCUUCACGCCGCACUCGCAGAAUGCGAACGCGUCGCCGGCGCUGUUGGGCAAGGAUACGAGCACACCAUCGCCGCCAUGUCUCGUCAUUGAUUCCAGCAAGAGUGCCGAUGUGCAUGAUUCAACCUCGUUGCCGGAGAGCGGAGCAAGUGCGUCUGUUGUAAGUGGGCUCGUUGGGGGCGGUGUCGGUGGUAGUGUUGGUCCCACGACGCCGUUGUGCGUCAAUGUGGGCAACUACGAUAACAGCAACAACUCAUUGCCAUCGGCCAGCGGAUCGGGAUCUAGCAAUUCAUGCAACAGCAAUUCGAACAACAAUAAUAGCAACAGCAACAACAACAAUAAUAAUAACAACAAUAACAACGGCAGCGGCAACAACGGACCUGGCGGUUUACUUCCAUUGAAAAAAGACUGUGAGGUUAGAUGAUAAUCAUAAGAAGCAAGCGACCAAUCGAUAUGUCGAUCGAUCGAUCGAUCGACUACUUCCAACAGCAACAUGUAUCCUAAGUUCCCCCCGACAAAACCUCCUCCUCCUACCAUUUUCUACACUCUUUUUAAAUGUUUGUACAGCACACACUCGAACCCGUAACCAGAUCCUAUAUUACCUUGUACAGUUAGUUUAUAAGCUUAUUCCCCCUAAUCUAUCACUCUCCCCCCUCUCUAUAUCUCUCGUCCCAUAAGUUUUGUUGUACACAGAAGAGAUACACCGAGAUAUUAUUGCAACGUAUUUAUAUAAAGAUAACGAUAAAGAUGCCUCACAUUGCAGAAUAACUAUAAAACACAACAAAAUACUAAUUGCAUAAAUGUACAUUUUAAUUAAAGCGAAUUUUAUAUAUAAAUAUAUAUGCAUAUAUAUAAAAAUAUAUUUAAAUUAGUUUAGAAUAUGUAAAAUACUGUAUUAAAGUUAUCAUUUCGCAUUAUUUUUAUGUUUAGCCUAAAUAUCAGAAACAAAACAAAAUUAUAAUGCUCGGUUAUAGAACGGAUCAUCCAAUAUUAUGAUACGUUAAUGCUAGUUAACCCACUUCCAUAAAAUACCUACUCAUAUAUAAAGAAAAAGCAAAGUAAAAUCUAAACAACAAAUAUAUAUAAACAUAUAUUAUAUAUAUAUUUUAAUUAUUUAUUAAUAACUAUUUAAAAUGACACAACAAUGAGAAAUGCAUAAAAUAAUCAUAUAAAACAUUAGCAAAAGAAUUUGUUAAAAAAACGAGAAUGAAAAAAAAACAACAAAAAAAAAAGAAAAGAAAAGAAAACUUAAGCGCAGUUGUAGCCUGUAGUCAUUAAUUGUAGUUCUUAGCGAAUCAAAGUCGGCUGCCCCGGCGGAUGGGGCACUUGCCGCAACUAAGUGCAUAUAUAAAAGCAACCAGCAACAUAUACCUAGACCUAAACAACAACAAAUUGAAAUGUAAUGAAAUGUUUGUAUUUUUAGAUUGUAAGUCUAAAUUGUGUCGAGAAACUCCAAAAGUUACAGCAAGAUAGUUUUGUUUAUUCAUUGUUUUUCUAUAGUUUUUUUUUGCACUAUUUCUUUUUUCGAUCUUUAUUUUUUUGUAGCAAGGCAGUUUAGCAAUAGGCAAUAUACAAAAAUUAAACAAAAACAAAGACGUCUUUUGCCAAGGCCAAGUCAAAAACACACAUUAUAUAUUAAUAUAUAUGUAUUUAUUUAUAUAUAUGAUAUAUGCAUAUGAUAUAUACGUUCGAUCUGAUUGAGCAUUCCAGCUGGCAGCAAAGUGCUCGAAAAUUCGUUUUU